AUGCACCAACCAAACUUGUAUUCAACACCGCCUGAUCUCACAAUGGAAAUGGUGUUGGCAAAGGAAAAAGAGUUGGAGGCGCGUCGCGAAGCCAUAAAUAGGCGGCAGCGUAAUAUUGCAGUGGAAUUUGGGCCGCCACCCAAUUUUCCUCCAAAGUUUUUGUGCAUCAAGCCACAGAUAUACCACAACAUUAAAGAGCAGGUACCUGUGCCGUUACAGCGUUUUAUGUAUAUUCUUUGUGGAUUGUACAUGAGCUUAAUUGCGAUGAUUGUUUAUAACAUUGUCUGCGCCUUUGUAAACUUUUUAUUGGGAGGAAGCUCUACACACUUUGCACUUUCAUUUGUGUACCUCCUAGGUAUUCCUGGUGCAUUCUUUUUGUGGUACUACAAUGCUUACUGUGCGACCACGGAUAACUCGCAGCCUAGGAGACUGCUGGCGUACUUAGGACUUUUUUUUGGUUUGACCUUUGACGUAUGGAUGGCAGUUGGCGCAUAUGGCUUCGGUGGGUGUGGGUGGAUCAUAACGUUUGAAAUAACAUCACGAGUUCCUGCCUUCAUUAUGUGCUUAAUUUCAUCCAUUUUAUGGUCAUUGCAUGGAACAUUUCUUUUCGUGAUGCUUCUACGCUUUUGGAGCUGUAACCCACGUAGCGAAGGUUCGCGGUACGAACUCAGCCAACUAUAG